CAGUAGUGUCAACUGUGUCAAUGGAAAGGAUAUGACAUUUGUAUAACUAUUUCAAUUUUUCGCUAUAAAACCACGUAUAACAUAAAUUCUUAUUUAAAAUUAGCAAUGUGAACGGAAACAGAAUCACAGUAAACUCAGAAAUGAUAAGACAAUCUCUGAAACUGAGAAAGACACUAACAGUCUUGGGCAUACUUUCUCUAUUGCUGCUAUUAUUUUUAAUUCUUACAAAAGAAAACAGUGGGGUGCACCAAAUAGUAAAAGAGGAGAAUGCUGAAAAACUAGAAUACAGAGGUUUAAAUGGUCUGCCAAAGAUGGAUAAAUUCCCUCAAACAGAUAUAUUGGAGGAGAAGAAAGAAGCCAACACAGUGAAUGAUGACACAAAACGAGAACUUCUCGAAGCUAGAUCGAGGAUAGAUCAAUUAGAAAAGAAAAUUGCAAUUUUAGAAGGUAGAGUUCCACAGAAGUAUCCAGAAGUUAAGUUUCUGGGCUACAAGGAGAGGAAAAGAAUAUUGGUGACCGGUGGUGCAGGAUUCGUGGGCUCGCAUCUAGUUGACGUACUUAUGACACAAGGCCAUGAAGUCAUUGUAGUGGACAAUUUCUUCACUGGCCGCAAACGCAAUGUUGAACAUUGGUUCGGACACCGCAACUUUGAAAUGAUUCAUCAUGAUAUAGUUAACCCACUUUAUGUAGAGGCAGAUGAAAUAUACCACUUAGCUAGUCCUGCGAGUCCACCACACUACAUGCAAAAUCCAGUUAAGACCAUUAAGACUAAUACAUUAGGAACAAUCAAUAUGUUAGGUUUAGCACGUCGAGUUGGAGCAAAGAUACUGAUAGCGAGCACAUCAGAAGUGUACGGCGACCCCAUGGUGCAUCCACAACCUGAAUCAUACUGGGGUCAUGUUAACCCAAUAGGGCCGCGGGCAUGUUACGACGAGGGCAAGAGAGUUGCGGAGACACUCGCAUACUCCUACGCUAAACAAGAGAAAGUGGCGGUCAGAGUCGCUAGAAUAUUCAACACGUAUGGACCGAGGAUGCACGUGUCCGAUGGAAGAGUGGUUUCUAACUUUAUUAUGCAAGCACUGCAGAAUUUGACUAUCACUGUAUAUGGCAACGGGAGACAGACCCGUUCCUUCUGUUACGUAUCAGAUCUCGUUGACGGACUGCUGGCGUUGAUGGCUUCCAGUUACACGCUGCCUGUCAACCUCGGCAAUCCCGUAGAAAAUACUAUUCAAGAAUUCGCCAUGAUUAUAAAGAAUCAAGUUCCGGGCUGCCGGAGCAUGGUGGCAAAGGGUGCCCCGGUAGAGGAUGACCCGCAGCGGCGCCGGCCCGACAUCACAGUAGCUAAAGAACAUUUGCAUUGGGAACCUAAGGUGUCAUUACAAGAUGGUCUGCAAAGGACAAUUGAUUAUUUCAAAGAAGAAUUGUCAAGGACAACAUUUUGCAACAAUCAAACGUAUAUGGAUAUGAAAAGUCAUAAUUAGUUUAUUUUUUAGUAUGUUUAUAUGUGAUAUUCGGGUGCCUGUGGGCGGGAGUGUAUAAAUAACAAUAAGAAAUCAUAACUUUUGUUUAAAUAUUCUCACUUUUUGUUAUUUAUGAUUCGAUGAAUACAUGGUUACCCCUAAAUGACAAAUGAGUUGUAUAUCUAAUUUAUAUUCAAUUGUUUAGUUAAAAUAAAAAUGCACAUUUCUCGUAAUGUUCGAAAA